UGCCUGAUCAAAAAACAAACCAAAAACAAACCAACAAACAAACAAAACAUGUUGAUUGUGAAGUGUUUCAUUUUGUGGAAAAUUUGGUAUUUUGUUUAGCAGAAACCGGAGAAUGGAGGCAUCGGCUCAAGCACAAACUUAUCAGCUGAAACAGACCAGCGGCAAGAAAAAGCAGCAGGUCUACAGUGGGGACAUAGUGUUCGCCAAGCACGGAUCCGUUCAGACUGUACCCUCCCUGACCAAACUGCUGAAAACUGUCACAGACCCAGUUCUUGGCCUACACUAUGUAUGGGAGUAUCGCAGCCCCAGCAAGUCAGUCCCUCCUCAUUACCAGUGUAGACUGUGUAAGGUGCAGCAGCUACAGAAUGAAAUGGUGGCUCAUAUUACUGGUUGGAAACAUUGUUUCAGAUACUUGAAACACAUUCACCCAGAAAAAGUGUCCCACAAAGAAGAGGAAGUAAAACAGGGCCCAGACACCAAAAGAGCACUUAGAGCGAUUGCCUCUGAGGUGGAGAAAGCUGAGGGCAGAGGUCAACUCAAGGUUGUCAUUAGGGAACCUGGUGAUGUACCAGUCUUUCAGAACAUGAAGUCUGCAUUUCCCAAUGCGGGAGGACCAGGUGCUAAAAGUCUGCUUGGACCAGUUCCCGGAGGUUUUUACCCAGGUGGACCUUUUGGUGGUGGCUUUUCACACACCCCUUUCCCAGAAGAGUUCCCAAGUCGGGGUGGCAUGAUGACAGAUUUUCCUUCCAACAUGCAUGGUGGUCGACCCACGAGUGGACUCUCUGGCUCUGUCCACUAUGACAGGAUGAGAGGAGGUCCACAGAGCAUGCAGCAUUUACCCACCAGCAGAUCCAUGCACAUGGGCUCAGACAAAUUUGGGAUGGGUCCACGAAGCGAGGACAUGGGCAGAGCUUACCCUGAUAAUCUACCAAUGAACGGCAGUGAUGGCAUGAUGAGAGCUAAAGGCCAAGAGUCCAGCAGCACCCUCACAACACUUCUCCGACAUCUGGAUGAAUUCCGCAUUGACUGUGAAGAUGAUGCUCAGAUAGUGCUGAAGAUCACACAAAAGCUCACAGACACCUUGAUGGAAUACCGCAUCAGAACUAUCUCCUCGGGAUCUAGGAUGGAUUCUUCCCACCUGCCACUAAGCUCUGACAGAUUCUCCGACAGUCCUUCAAGAUUCUAUAACUGAACAGCCCAUGUGAUGAUGUCCUACAUAUUUUCAUUUUCUUCAUGUGGCAACUUUUUUAAUGUACAGUCCUCUCCUAAAGUAUUAGAAAACAAGGCAAAUUAUUAUUAUUAUUAUUUAUUUAUUUAUUUUGGAUAUAUACUGAAGACAUUUGGGUUUGAGAUCAAAAGAUGUGUUAAAUAAUUUAGAAAGUGUCACCUUUGGUGGCAGACCACUAAGUUGUUAGGUGAGCAAAAGCAUUGGAACAGAUGGUCUUAAAAUAAACAACACUUAAUAUUU